GGCUCAGUUGACAGCUCGUCGCCGUUGUGGAAGUACGUCCGGAAUCCUCUCUCUCUCACACGCACACCCGUUCCUCCGUAACCUAACCCCCUCAUUUUUGACCAAAAAGCCACCAUGAACCGUGCUACCAAGUCAGGAAUUGCCGCCGAGGCCCAGUCUAAGAUCAAUUCCAAAUACAGCGAACAGCAGGCUGUGGAAUGCCUGGAUUGGAUUGCCCUCAUCACAGGGGCUGACAUCAACAAGUCAGGAGACAUGGACAACUUCUACGAGGUGCUCAAGAACGGCCAGUUGCUUUGCGAACUGAUCAAUACCUUGAAACCCGGCCAGAUCAAGAAGAUCCAGAAGUCUGAGAUGGCCUUCAAGUGCAUGGAGAACAUCAACCAGUUCGUCGACGGCGCCAAGGCCUGCGGCGUGCCCUCCGAGGAGACCUUCCAGACCGUCGACCUUUGGGAACGCCAGAACCUCAACGCCGUCGUGAUCUGUUUGCAGUCCCUUGGAAGGAAGGGAGCCCAAUUCGGCAAGCCCUCCAUCGGACCCAAGGAGGCCGAGAAGAACGUCAGAAACUUCACCGAGGAGCAACUCAGGGCCUCAGAGGGCAUCGUCAACCUCCAGUACGGCUCUAACAAGGGCGCCACCCAGUCUGGCAUGUCCUUUGGCACCACCCGCCACAUGUAGACUCAUCACCACGUUUUCGUUUCUUCUUUCAUUAUUAAAUUAUUAUUGCUAGCCAGCUUUAAGAGAACCUUUUAUCAUUUGGAAGUUAUGUAACUGUAGAUAAUUUAACCGUUUGGUUUACUUCGGGUAUUUCCUUAAGUAUAAUUUAAAGUGGUUUGAAAUUGUCCUCCCCUACCCCUAGGCCUAACUAAGGUGUGUUAAGUCCUCCGUGUUUGAGGGAUCAGAGAGAACACAAACAUCGCCCAUUCAACUUUGGAUAAAAAACUCGGACGUACUUCCAUAAUGAGAUCAAAUUAGCCAAUUCACAGCUGUGAUUCGUUUUUCGUCAAAUGUGGAAGCUCAAAUUAUUUAUGUAAUUAAUUCCAUCAGCACAUUUCCCCAAGCCCUUGUAAUCUAUAAUAUUAUCGCCCAUUUUCCCUUCCCCACCACUAUACCUUGAAUCUAUGAAAUCUGUCUCAUCGCCUUUCCCUCAUCUCUGAUUAAUCAUGGAAUCCGUAAUCAUUCCCAGGUCAUUCCAGAUUUUUAAAAAAACGAUUUAAGCAUGAAAAUAUAUUUGAUAUUUCAUAUAUACUGUUAGGGAUGUUAAAGUUAAGUCUUCUUGGAGUUUAAGUAGGAAAAACUUAUUAUAGUCUUAAAACUCUUUGUCAAUCUUAAGUUAUGAAUCCCCAUUCUAAAUAAAUUCAUAUUUUUUUCGAAUCUCAAAUUCUCCCCCCCCCCCUUACAAAUCAAAGAAAUAGAACAUAAUAUAGACCUGUGUACAUAGGUAAUAUUCCUUUCAGAGCAUUUAUCACUCCUUCUUUCACUGUCACAUUCCAAGUUUAUAAAAUUUUGUACGAAAAAUAAAACUAUAAUGUUUA